CUGUAGCUACGCUGAUCUUCCAUGGUUCCUCCGACUCCGGCACGCACCGAUGACGACGACGACCCACCCACGGACUGGCUGGCCGAGCUGCCGCCGGAGCUGCACCUCCGCAUCCUCGAGGGCGUCGCGACGACUUCUCCGACUGCGCCGCCUUCAGCCUCGCGUCGCCGCGCCUCGGCCUCCUCGCGCUUCGCAGCGGCCUGGCGCGCUUCAAGGACCCUCUCUUCGCCGUGGCGAUGCGGCUGCUUCUCAUCGAGCGUUUGAUUGCCGGAUCGUUCGUCGGGUCGUCCAUCAUACGGCCGACGCUUUGCGAGGCCACCCUUCGCGCCUACGCCGCCGACCGCCGCGCCACCGCCGACCACUUCCCGUGGCUUGCGAGGGUGAGCCCGGCGCUCUGCCUGUCGGCAGUAGAAGGCGCUGACGAGCAACGCGCCGAGACGUGGGCGCUGCGACGCGGCGAAGAGAGGGGCGCUGAGCUGCGGGUGCGUUUGAGGAGCGGCCUGGUGCGGCACUUCGAGGGCGGGCGAGGCGCGGAGCGGAUGGUGCGCGCGGAGUUUGCUCACGGCGAAGUGCAUCACUUCGAGGGCGAGCGAGGUGCCGAGCGGAUGGCGCGCGUGGAGUUUCCCGACGGCAAGGUGCAGCACUUCGAGGGCGAGAAAGGCGCGGAGCGGGCGGUGCGCGCGGUGCGUGCCGAUGGCGCCGUGGAGCACUUCGAGGGCGAGCGAGGUGCGGAGCGGACGGUGCGCAUGGAGACUGCCAGCGGCAUCGUGCAGUACUACGAGGGCGAGCGAGGCGCGGAGCGGAAGGUGCGCUUGCAGCUCCCCAACGGCCAGGUGUAUUACUACGAGGGCGAGCGAGGUGCCGAGCGGGGCGUGCGCAGGGAGUUUGCCGACGGCAUCGUGCAGUACUACGAGGGCGAGAAAGGCGCGGAGCGGGCGGUGCGCGCGGUGCGUGCCGAUGGCGCCGUGGAGCACUUCGAGGGCGAGCAAGGUGUGGAGCGGACGGUGCGCGCGGAGUCUGCCAACGGCAUUGUGCGUUACUACGAGGGCGAGCCAGGUGCGGAGCGGGUUGUGCGCGUGGUGCUUGCCGACGGCAUGGUGCAGCACUACGAGGGCGAGCGAGGCGCGGAGCGGGUCGUGCGGUUGGAGUCGCCCGACGGCACUGUACACCACUGAAUGAAGAACAGCAGAUCGGCGGAUCUACUCGGACUGGCAGUGCUUGUUUCCUUUUUCAGUGUAUGUGGCUCUUACGUACAUUCCCGUAGGAGGACUCUGUUUUUUACUUGAAAGUAGUGGAACAU